UCAAUUCAUUAUCAUUAUCUGUUUUAGUCUAUGGACGGCUUUCAUUUCGCUAUCGUUUCGUUUCUUAAUUUCUUCUGCUUUCUAUUUUAUUGUUAGGCUUAAUUACAAGCCUGAAUCUAGUUUUUCGGUAUUCUAAUCAGUUAAAAUGGCUGAUAGUGAUGAUGAGUACGAUCGCAAAAGGCGAGAUAAAUUCCGUGGUGAACGCGGCACUGCUGAAGGUAGCAGUUAUCGAAGUAGUGACCGACGCGAAGAGAGAAGUCGUGGCCGCGAAGACUGGUCUGAGAGAUCUCGUGGAGGUCGCUCUGGUCCUGACUACAGGGACUAUCGUGGAGGAGCCAGCGCCAGCAGGGGAUACUCACCAGUCAGAGGAGAAGGUCCACCAACCAAACGCAUUAGACCUGAUUGGCCUAUUGAUGACAGAAGAUAUGGGGGUAUGCCACAUGACUCAUAUGGGUAUGGUUGGCCUCAUGAUCAUUUUGGUCCUCAUCUGGCCCACCAGGGUUAUGGGCAACCUAUGGCCCCUGUCCCAGCCAGGGAUGCAGUCAUGCCCUUAGGAGCAACAGAUGGCCCUCCCACGAUGAUGUCAUUCAAGGCAUUUCUUGCAGCUCAAGAUGAUUCCAUAACAGUGGAUGAUGCCAUCCAGAAGUACAAUGAAUACAAGCUCGAGUUUAGGAGACAACAACUUAAUGAGUUUUUCGUUGCUCAUAAAGAUGAGGAAUGGUUCAAGAUCAAAUAUCAUCCUGAAGAAUCCAUAAAACGCAAAGAAGAGCAACUUGCGGCAUUAAAGAAUCGACUCAAUGUAUUUCUUGAGUUGUUGGAGAAAGGAGAACUGGAUAAAGUGUCAGUAGACAUUGACAAGUCUGACAAAUUGAUCAGGCUUCUGGACACUGUGGUCAUCAAGUUAGAAGGUGGCACUGAAGAAGAUUUAAAAGAGCUGGAUGAACCCCCACCACAGGAAAAUGCUGCUUCAAAUGAUAAAGCAGACAAAACUGAUUCUGACAAACCAGUUGUUAUAGAUGUAGAUGAUGUGAAGGUUAAAGAAGAGAAGGAAGAAGACAAGAAAGAAGAGAAAAAAGCGCCCGAGUCUCCGAAACCGACAGCGCCAUUGACCAUGGAGAUUGAUCCUCAUUUACGUCAACUACAGGAGCAGGCGAAAUUGUUCUCUCGCUUCAACUCUACAGGAACCGAACCUGAGCAGGAGGAAGUGAAGGAAAAGGAGAAAGAACCUCCACCACCAGGGUCUUCAUCCAGUUCUUCUUCAUCUAGUUCAUCGUCGUCCAGUUCAGAAGAUGAGGGUGAAUCCACCACUCGUCGGAAGUCGAAGUCUAAGUCCAAGACGCCUGAUAAAUCUCCUAAACAACAGGAAAAAGCUAAAUCCAAGUCACCUAGUGUAGAGAAAAUGGUUACAAAUAACACUGAAAAUGACAAGGACAAGGAAAAGAGUGGAGACGAGAAAGCUGAGUCAGUCAGUGACGUCGUUAUGGAGAAAAAAGAGAGUCGCGCCCUACACAAAACAACUUCCAUAUUUUUAAGGAAUUUGGCGCCUACCAUCACCAAGGCCGAAGUUGAAGCUAUGUGCAAGCGUUACGGCGGUUUCCUCCGUGUGGCUCUGGCUGAUCCUUUACCAGAACGUCGCUGGUUCCGUCGGGGCUGGGUCACCUUUCGCCGCGAUGUCAAUAUCAAAGAUAUCUGCUGGAAUCUUAACAACAUCAGACUUCGCGAGUGUGAAUUGGGUGCUAUAGUCAACCGCGACCUGCAACGUCGUAUCCGCCCAGUGUCUGGCAUUACCCUAGAGCGAUCAGUGCUACGCGCUGACGCUAGGUUGGCCGCGAGACUAGCACAUUUGUUGGAUACGCGCACAAAACUGUGGCAAGAAAGCACCGACGAACAAAAUAAUGAUGACCAGGCCAACCGUAAUGAGACCUUCAGCUUAAAUUCAAAGAACCCGGUGCUCCAUAAAAUAACGGAGCAUUUAAUAGAAGAAGCUUCAACGGAAGAAGAAGAAUUACUGGGUCUCGAAGCUUCAUCAGAAUCUGCGGUUUCUGAACAACCUGACCCGGAGCUCAUUCGAGUUCUCGAUCGUCUUGUACUUUACUUGCGUAUCGUACAUUCUGUGGAUUAUUACAACCAUUGUGAAUACCCUUAUGAAGAUGAAAUGCCUAACCGCUGUGGUAUUAUGCACGCGAGGUCCGGACCUCCUGCUAACAAGCCAACUCAACAAGAAAUACAAGACUAUGUGAAGACAUUUGAAGGCAAAAUGUCUGCCUUCUUACAAGACGUUAAACCACUAUCUGACGAAGAGUUGCAAAAACUUGGAAUCAAGGAUACUGACGCCGAAGUAGAAAAGUUUAUUCUUGCCAAUACACAAGAGUUGGCGAAGGACAAAUGGUUGUGUCCUCUCAGUGGCAAGAAGUUCAAAGGUCCUGAUUUCAUCAGAAAACACAUCUUUAAUAAACAUGGUGAAAAGGUGGAGGAGGUGCGUCGCGAGGUGGCGUACUUCAACUCGUACGUGCGCGACGUGCGGCGGCCGCAGCAGCCCGAGCCGGCCGCGCGCUCCCAGCCGCAGCCCGCGCACCCGCCGCCGCCGCAACCCAGGUACGCUGGUGGACCGGGCGGGCCGGGUGGGCCGGGCGCUGGGCCUGCCUCCGCCCGCGGCUGGGGCUGGGGCGGCUGGGCCCCACCUGCAGCAUACGCUCCCAGACAUCCACGCUUCUCUAGACCAAGGGAAAAUGUGGACCGGUCCCGGCCUAUUAUUGCAUACAACGAUCUUGACUUCCCGGACAGUGGUGACAUAUUCUAAACAUGCAUGCAAAUGACAUUAUACAACAAGUUCGUAGAUUUUUAUUGUUAUCAUAAGCAUUCCGUUAUACCCGGUUAUUUCAGUUGUAUUAACUGAUACACACAUGUAAAAUAUUUACACAAUUAUACUUUUUAAAUUUGUAUAAAAUUGCUAAAUUAUUUUAAUCAAAAAUUAUGUACUUGAUUUUAAAUAAGCAUGUUUCGUAAAUGUCAUUAUAUUUUAUGCAAUGUUAACUGGAACUAUUUUAGAUGUAGGUAUAAUAAAAAUCUAUUCAAAUAAAUGAAAAUGUUAUAAUAAAUGACUGUGAAAAUAAUUUCAAACUUCCAUCAUCUCAUAUAAAUCCUUUUAGUCCUUUUUGUAUCUAACAAUAAUCUUAAAGGGAUACAUUUUAUAUGUUUACAAUAUUGUCUUCUACCAUGAUAUUUAUUGUAUGUUUUUUUAAUAAACUGUCCGAAAUUUUAA